AUGUCUCUGUCCACGAGAACAGCGACAAGGGCCUUGAGAGCCUCGAGACUCUCCAACCUCACGUUAAACUCCACCCGCGCCUACGCAACCAGCGAACCCGACCUCAAAACCACCCUCAAAGAGAUCAUCCCAGCCAAACGAGAACUACUGAAGAAAGUCAAGGCCGUCUCCUCCACCAAAAUCGGCGAUGUCAAGAUCGAAAACACCCUCGGCGGCAUGCGUGGCCUCAAAGCCAUGGUCUGGGAGGGCUCCGUCCUAGACGCCAACGAAGGGAUUCGGUUCCACGGCAAGACGAUCAAGGAUUGCCAGAAUGAACUCCCCAAAGGCACCUCAGGGACUGAAAUGCUCCCGGAAGGCAUGUUCUGGCUCCUACUCACCGGCCAAGUCCCCAGCGUAAACCAAGUCCGCGCCUUUUCCAAAGAACUCGCCCAAAAAGCCGCCAUCCCAGCCUUCGUCGAGAAAAUGCUCGACGACUUCCCCACCGACCUCCACCCCAUGACGCAGUUCGCCUGCGCCGUCUCCGCCCUCAACUACGAGAGCAAAUUCGCCAAAAUGUACGCCGAGGGCCUCAACAAAGCCGACUACUGGGAACCCACCUUCGACGACUCCAUCUCCCUCCUCGCCAAACUCCCCACCGUAGCCGCCAAAAUCUACCAGAACGCCUAUCGUGGCGGCGGAGCACUCCCGGCUCAGAUCGACGAGAGUCAGGAUUGGUCCUACAAUUACGCCGCCAUGCUGGGCAAAGGCGGGAAGGAAAAUGAAGGGUUCCAGGACCUCUUGCGUCUGUACCUCGCCCUCCACGGCGACCACGAAGGUGGAAAUGUCUCGGCGCAUGCUACCCAUCUCGUCGGCUCCGCCCUCUCGGACCCCUUCCUCUCCUACUCCGCCGGCCUACAAGGCCUAGCCGGCCCGCUCCACGGCCUCGCCGCGCAAGAAGUCCUCCGCUGGAUCCUGCAAAUGCAAGAACAUGUCGGCGAAAACUUCAGCGAAGAAGACGUGAAAAACUACCUCUGGACAACGCUGAAAUCCGGCCGCGUCAUCCCAGGCUACGGCCACGCCGUCCUGCGCAAACCCGACCCCCGGUUUGAAGCGCUCAUGGAUUUCGCCUCCGCCCGGCCAGAUAUAGCCGCCGAUCCGGUCUUCCAGCUCGUGAAGAAGAAUUCGGAGAUUGCUCCCGGAGUGUUGACAGAGCAUGGGAAGACGAAGAAUCCGUUCCCUAAUGUUGAUAGUAGUAGUGGGGUGUUAUUCCAUCAUUAUGGGUUUAAGGAGACGUUGUAUUAUACGGCUACUUUUGGGGUUAGUAGGGGGCUGGGGCCGCUGGCUCAGCUUAUUUGGGAUCGGGCGUUGGGGUUGCCGAUUGAGAGGCCGAAGAGUAUGGAUUUGAAGGGGUUGCUUGCUGCGGCUGAGGGUGGGGCUUAG